AUGUUCGGUACGGUUCUCUUCCCGGAUGGCACUGGAGACACGGCUUCCUGGAUGUACAUCCCGUGCUUGCAAAAUUGGGAUGACGCUGGGAAUAGAAGCUGGGGCUCAGCCAUCUUGGCUUUCUUGUACCGCCAGCUGUGCGAGGCUUGUCAGAGGGCUGGAGGUACACAUUCUACUAUGUCUGGGUGCAUGACACUUCUGCAGAUUUGGAUGUGGGAGAGGCUUCCUGUUGGAAGACCACAUAGGAUGCAACAGCCACCUGCUUGGUUCCCGGAAGGGGACACAAUCGUUGCUCCUACGGUGGCUCACCUCUACGAGCGUACGAGCGGGGUGUACCACGUCUCCCGUCACGCUUACAUUAGCUACACCAAUGAGAUGGACACCCUUCAACCACAACACGUUGAGUGGAGACCGUACAGGAGGGAAAGGAUCCUUGGCUUGGCACUUAGCACAGUGUGCAGGGCGGAUGAGGAUUUGUGGACUAUGAGGUGCCCCCUCAUAUGUUUCUACGCGGUCGAGUACCACCUCCCGCACCGUGUCGCCCGACAAUUUGGUAGGCUCCAACCUUGUCCACCGGAGGACUUCUCCACGAGUUGGCAGCUACAUAGGUUGAAUCGUCAGCGACAGAAGAAGAUUACGAACUGGCAGGCCGAACACCAGAGAUACAUUGAUGAGUGGCUACGUUAUGAGCAGAAUAACAUGAGAAUUCAUGCCGUGCACCGCGACAAUGCGUUCAAUGAGUACCUCGCGUGGCUAGGGCCAAGGACAAAGUUGUGCUUGAGGCCUGCAUGGACGGAGCAAGACAUCGCUGACAUUGCUAGUGAAGAUGAGGGCGACAACCCCUACGAUGAAGCCACCAGGACAGGCCGACAAGUUGAGAUUGCUCAUGUGCUGUCUAGAGCGGUGCUCCAGAUGAAGCUACCGAAUUACGAGCAGCCCUACAGGUAA